AUGAGCGCUCUCGCUGCUGCCCGCUACGGCAAGGACAAUGUCCGCGUGUACAAGGUGCACCGUGAUGAGAAGACCGGUAUUCAGACUGUCGUGGAAAUGACCGUCUGUGUCUUGUUGGAAGGUGACAUUGAGACUUCCUACACAAAGGCCGACAACAGCGUGAUUGUUGCCACGGACUCCAUUAAGAACACUAUCUACAUAACUGCCAAGCAGCAGCCUGUGACCACUCCCGAGGUCUUCGGCUCCAUUCUGGGCUCGCACUUCAUCGAGAAGUACAGCCACAUUCACGCCGCGCACGUCAACAUCGUCACUCACCGCUGGGUGCGCAUGAACAUCGAUGGCAAGCCUCACCCCCACUCCUUCGUCAAGGACAGCCCCGAGACCCGUAACGUGCAAGUGGACGUCGUCGAGGGCAAGGGAAUCGAUAUCAACUCCUCCCUCAACGGCCUCACCAUGCUCAAAAGUACCGGCUCACAGUUCUGGGGCUUCCUCCGUGACGAGUUCACCACCCUCAAAGAGACCUGGGAUCGCAUUCUCAGCACCGACGUUUCUGCCAACUGGCAGUGGCGCCGCUUCAAUGAUGUCUCCGAGGUGAAGACUCACCUUGCCAAGUUCGAUGCUACCUGGGAGGCGGCCCGAGCCAUUACCCUCAAGACCUUUGCCGAGGAUAACAGCGCCAGUGUGCAGGCUACCAUGUAUAAGAUGGGUGAGCAGAUUCUUGCCACCGCGCCUCUGCUUGAGACCGUGGAGUAUGUGCUACCCAACAACCACUACUUCGAAAUUGACCUCAGCUGGCACAAGGGAACCAAGAACACUGGCAAAGACGCCGAGGUCUACGCUCCCCAGUCCAACCCCAACGGUCUUAUCAAGUGCACCGUGGGUCGUGCUGGCCCCAAGGCCAAGCUCUAA